UAGCACAAAUUAGAUCAAUAAAGCUUUCUCUGAUGUAUUUAGGUGCUAUCUCCCCUCCUAGCACAUCUACAAUCAGUGGAGGCAGUCCCUCAGUUUAACUACACCCCCACAGGAUGAAAUGAGCAGUAGAGGAAGUAGGAGUAGCCAGUCUUAGCAGCUAUACAUGUGCAGUUGGGCUGCAGGCUUUCUGCAGCUCUCUGGUGAGCACGCCUGAUGAUGGGGCAGAAGCGUAGGGGGGUACAGUUGGAAACAGCGUCAUGUUGACAGGAAGAGGAAGUGGUAAGCUGUUUGAACUACAUGGUAAACCAUGAGACCUGUCUGUUCCUGUCUCUACAUGAUCUCAGCCCGGGUCCAAAUGUAGAUUUAACUGGUUUUACAAAAUCUCUAACUAAAAAUCUGGAAGGAGCAUCUUCAACCUUCUACACUGUGGCACCUAUUUGACCAAUUCAAAGGACUAGAAAAAAACUAAAGAAUGACACAAAACGGUGCCGGAUCAGGCAGCAGUACCAAAAGAAAGACAGAAGAACUUAAAAUUGUGAUUGUGGGAGAUGGAGGCUGUGGGAAAACAUCUCUUCUGAUGGUUUAUGCCAAAGGUGAUUUUCCAGAGAAAUAUGCUCCAUCAGUGUUUGAAAAGUAUGUCACAUCCAUCUCUCUCGGAGGAAAAGAGAUUCAGCUCAACCUGUAUGACACAGCCGGACAAGAUGACUAUGAUCGACUCAGGCCACUUUCAUACCAAGAGGCUAAUCUGAUUUUAGUGUGCUUUGAUGUCACCAACCCCACCAGCUUUGAGAACGUCCGGAUCAAGUGGCACCCAGAGGUGAAGCACUUCUGUCGAGACAUACCAGUAAUCCUAAUCGGCUGUAAAACUGACCUCAGGAAGGAUAAAGAGUGUGCGAGGAAGCUGAAGGCCAUGAAUCUGGAUCCCAUCACUUACACACAGGGUGAAGACACGCGGCAGGAGAUGAACGCAGAGCUCUACCUCGAGUGCUCGGCCAAAUAUCAGGAGAACGUGGAGGAUGUUUUCAGGGAGGCGACGAGAAGAGCGCUGGCCUUUCAGAAAAAACAGAGGAACCACAAGAGGAAGAAGAAAUGUGUUGUUCUGUGAAGAUAAAGACUUUCAGGAUCCCACUCUUUCGCAGGCGAAUGUUAGACGAUCAUGUUAUAUUUAGUGCAUUUGGACACUGAGAUGCUAAAUAUACUUUGCAUCGAACACAAUGAGGAGACAAAAAAAAAGUUCUGAUAUGAAGAUUUUUGUUUACAGAUUACCAAGCUUGGUUAGUAAUCCUCCUCAGUGCAACAAAAAUGAAAAACCGGCACAACAGGAAAGGCAGUUUUGCAAGAUGCAGAGAUAUUUUCU